AUGAAACUAAUCUAUGAUGGUUUGUAUUAUUUCUAAUUAGUGUUUAUUCAUUAGGAAAAUUCCUAAUAGCUGAAUUUCCUGCAUUAUGGGUAAUUAUUUAUAAAUAAAUAUAGUAUCGAUACUGCUCUUUGCACAUUUGGAUCAAUAACUACUUCAAUUUUCUAAAAGAAGUUUGCUUAUGUGCUUUAAAAUUUCAAUUUUUAGUUUUAUUACAAUUUUAAUUCUGACUUAAAUAGACAGAUUUAGUGA